AAGGGGAAGAAGGGCUUUCACUAGCGAAGAGAAUUCCAAAAAGCAAAGAGAGGGAAAAAAAAAUCCCCUGUCGUUCUGCGUUUUCUCUUAGAGCCCUAGUAUUCUCGACUCUUCAAUUUGAUUUGUUGCGAGUUCCUCGGCGAAAAUGGCAAAUGCAGCUUCUGGUGUUGCUGUGCAUGGUGAUUGCAAGCUGAGAUUUCUGGACCUCAAGGCGAAAAGGACUUACCGGUACAUAGUCUACAAAAUCGAGAUGGAGCAGAAGGAAGUUAUUGUCGAGAAGCUCGGUGAACCCACUGAAAGUUACGAGGAUUUCUCUGCAGCCCUCCCUGCUGACGAGUGCCGCUAUGCUGUGUACGAUUUCGACUAUGUCACGGAUGAGAACUGCCAGAAGAGCCGCAUUGUUUUCAUCGCCUGGUCACCUGACGCUUCGAAGGUGAGGAACAAGAUGAUAUACGCAAGCUCCAAGGACAGGUUCAAGAGGGAGCUUGACGGGAUCCAGAUCGAGCUGCAAGCCACCGACCCAACCGAAAUGGGUCUCGACGUGAUCAGGAGCCGCUCGAAUUAAGAGUGAGUGAGAGGUCUGUCAUGGUAUUCAACAUGGGUAUUCACCAGAUAUACCUUUCCUUAUAGCAGAAGGGGAAAAAGACCUUUCUUUUUCUUGUUUCGUGUUUGUUUCCAUAGAGAGGUAGAGAAGAGUGAUUUGUGUGACGAGAGACGAGAGCUUUCAAUUUCUCUCUCACUGGGAUCGUCGAUCCUUUCUUCCUUCUACGUUCUUCUUUUGGGUUUGACUGAUUAUCCAGAUUUUGUUGAUCAAGUAAAUCACAGACUUACCCCAUAGUUAUUGUU